AUGGCUAAUCUGGAAUCUUUCAAAGUCAUCAUAGCUGGUGGAGGCGUCGCCGGCUUAACCUUAGCCAACGCUUUGGAGAAAGCCGGUGUUGACUUUCUACUCCUCGAAAAAAGGGAAAUUGCUCCCCAAACCGGAGCAUCCAUCAUUUUGCAAUGCCAUACCGCGAGGAUAUUCGAACAAUUGGGUAUUUGGAAGCAGAUACGCGCCGCGACGUUUUCGCUUACAGGUCGCUUCCAUUUUGACGAGCGUGGAAAGUUGUUUGACGAUUCGCCUAUUUUCAAGCUGGUGGAAGAAAUCACCGGAUGGCCCGUAGUCUUAAUAGAACGCCAGUCCUGCCUGGAUGUGCUGUAUAAUGGCCUCGAAGACAAGUCUCGAAUCCGCACUAACGUCGGCGUUGUAUCUUUUGAGGAGGACGAACACGGCAUAACAGUAAAGACGGACCAUGGAGAUAGCAUUAGGGGUAGUAUACUCGUCGCGGCUGACGGUGUCCAUAGCACAAUCCGCGGUUUUCUAGCUAAUGCGGUGUCCGAAACCGAUCCAGAAAGAUCCCGAUGCCUUAACAGAGGGUUCACCUCUAGCUAUAGAGCAAUCUUCGGCACAUCGACGAAUGGUCUAGAAAGCAGCUUGGCACGGCCUUUACUACCCGAAGGGAUUAUUAACCAUGCUUACCACAGAAAUGUCUCUGGCAUCACAGCGGCUGGAGCUAAGGGGCUCAUUUUUUGGUUUCUAUUUAUCAAGGAAACCGAGCCUUCGAUCGCACUCAGCGGCCAGAAGUAUACGGAGGCUGAUGCCACGGAAACUAUCAAAAAGUAUGGAAAUCUAUUGGCUUGCCCCGGUUAUACGUUCCACGACUUGUGGAGAGCCAGGGUUCGGGCAGGAAUGGUUCCUAUGGAAGAGGGAGUGAUACAAGGGCCCUGGAACAACAGUGGCAGAGUUGUAUUAGUUGGAGACUCCAUAUGCAAGGUAAGCAACCUAGCCGUCGAAGCUGUUUGCAACCUUGUCAAUGGGCUCGUUCCUUUGAUACGAAAACAUCGAUCGCCUACGACCAAAGAUAUCUUGGAUGUAUUCACUAGGUAUGAGAAAGCACAACGUCCGAGGGCCGAAAUCUCGGUCAAAACAUCGCAUUACGUCACACGUUACGAGUCGAUGGACUCGCUCUGGUUACGAUUCUUGCGGUGGCUUUCUCCUUGGAUUCCCACAAGUUACCACGUCAAAAGCUUCCUUGGCUAUAUGAAACCUGCGCCUUUUUUAAAUUUCUUGGCGAAUUCCAAUCCAGGCCAAAACGACGGUGCCGGCAGCAAAUAA